AUGAUUGCAGAAAUUCACACACUUGCUGAGUACGAGGCAGAGCUGGCGAAGCCAGGCCUUGCGGUCUUGGACUUUUACUCUCCUCACUGUGGUCCUUGUCAUGUAAUUGCACCUCUAUACAGCAAGAUCGCCGAGGACCAGAGCAGCGUCCGCUUCUACAAGGUCAACGGCCUCGACGAAGCUGGAUCCGAAGUGCAGAAGAAAGCGGAAGUCACCUGGUGGCCAACCCUGGUUGUGUACAAAGAUGGCAAAGAAAUCUGGCGAGACCGAGUACCAAACCCUCCUUCUAGCAAGCCGUUGGAGUCGUUGGAGUACUAUCUGAAGACGGUGGUUGCUUGA